CGGAAGUACGCAGAGGAUCCAGAUUCAAGUACUUCGUAUUCAACAAAGGUUGAAUCAGCCAUGAAAACGUCAAAAGAAGAUGAAAGAAGCCUCCCACCACCAUCGAAGAAGACGACAUCUUCGAUCAUUGUCGAAGAGUGGAAUGGUACAUCAUCAACCAAGCUCACCAAGACUGCCACCAUCUCUGCCUCCCCCUCCUCUUCUUCUCUUUCCAUCCAAAAGUCAGGCAACCCAUUUGCUCAUAUCUCUGGGAAAAUUCUUCAAGCUUUCAUUCCUGAGGGAUUUCCAACCAGUGUCACUCCAGAUUAUGCCCCUUUUCAAGUCUGGGACUCCUUACAGGGGCUUUCAACAUAUGUUCGUAUGAUGCUGUCGACACAGGCUCUUCUAAGUGCCAUUGGUGUAGGAGAAAAGUCCGCUACUGUCAUUGGUGCUACAUUUCAGUGGUUUUUGAGGGAUCUAACAGGAAUGGUUGGUGGCAUUUUAUUCACGUUUUAUCAGGGUUCGAAUUUGGACAGCAAUGCCAAAAUGUGGCGGCUGGUUGCUGAUCUUAUGAAUGACCUCGGAAUGUUGAUGGACCUCCUCUCUCCAUUAAUUCCAUCUGCUUUUUUGUUCAUUCUUUGUUUGGGAAGCUUAUCAAGAUCAUUCACUGGUGUUGCUAGUGGGGCCACAAGAGCAGCUUUGACACAACAUUUUGCCCUUCAAGACAAUGCAGCUGACAUAUCCGCAAAGGAAGGCAGCCAAGAGACUGUUGCUACAAUGGUUGGGAUGGCAUUAGGAAUGUUACUUGCUCGCAUCACUACGGGACACUCAAUUGCCAUAUGGACCUUGUUCUUGUCUCUUACUGUUUUCCAUAUGUAUGCAAAUUAUAAGGCUGUUUGUUGUCUUUCACUGACCACUAUGAACUGUGAAAGAACCUCCAUUCUUCUGUUGCACUUUUUUGAGACGUGCCAAGUUCGCUCUCCAAACCAGGUCUCCUCCAUGGAGAAUAUUCUGCCGUUAUGGAUGACAUCAUGGAGCCCUAGAAGUAUUAAUCCGUUACACAAGAAAGUUUUCUUAGGUGUAAGAAUUACUUCACUUAAACGUAAAGAAAUGGAGGACCUCUUGAAAUCUGCUGGAUCUCAUUACAAAAAAGCCAAGUAUUUACUGCUGGAGAAAAAUGGAUUCAUCAGCGUUGUUGUGCAUAGAGAUUCAACACCGGCAGAUAUCUUGCGCUCAUUCAUACAUGCUCUUGUCAUGUCAAAACUUGCUGCUGGGGGUAAGCCAUCUGUGCAUGUGGAGAGUGAAUUGUGGAUCGAAAAGCACUAUGAGACCUUCAUCCUAAAGCUUCAGUCAUCAGGAUGGAAAACAGAACGCCUUUUAUCUCCUUCAAUCAUUUGGAGAGCAAAAUGGUUAUUGGAGCCCUGUGAAGAUAAAUCCGACUAAAAUUUCACAUCGAGCCUGAAAUUUUCCAGUUUCGUUAAACAAGAUUUAUGGCAACGUAAAAGUUUGAGUUUUCAACUUCCUGACAAACACUCUUGCAACAUUGAAGCUGGGAAAAUGUGUUGUUGGCGAUCUGCUAUUUAUUCUUAUAUAACUGCUUCUUGGUAGCCACUUCUUCACCUCACUUUCCACAAUUACACACAGGGAUAUAAAACAAUCAAGAGAUGUGAAAGCUUUACCAGCUAACGAGUUGGCAUAGAAGUUUCCCUGUAACAAAUCUUUUUUGAUCCAUACUGCAUCUCUCCUCAAGGGAAUUUUUGUUUUUGCUUAGAGCUUUGCGUUAAUGCACUACUGAAGAAUAGCUUUGUUGAAUACCCUCAAACAUACCUUGGAAGUUUGUAUUGACUUGAUACUUCAAAUUUUGUGAAAUUAUGACACAUCGAAGCGAAGAAAUCUUUUGGGUUUGUAAUGCCUUAAUACUUUUCUGUGAAACUAUGAAACAUUGAAGUGAUAAAACUAGUUGUUCUAGAAA